AAAUUUGAUUGGCUGAAACAAAGCCGGGUAAUUUUGAAACGACGCAUAUCAACAGAUAGGGUUGAAAUCUAGCGUAAUCUAAAUUGUCCAUAAAAUCGAAUUUCAUAGCUUUUAUUACGUAAGAUUUUUACAUACUGCUUCCUGAAAAUGAAGCCAACCCGUGGCAAGACACCAAAGAAGCCACCACGGAGACUUGUCAACAAGGACAAAGAUCCUGUUGAGGUUUACUGCAGAAUCCGACCACCAGAUGGGGAUGCUGACACAUGCAUUGAAGUUGUAAACAGCACAACCAUCCAGUUGAAAGCACCAGAGAAUUCCCAUGCUUACAGAAAUGGACUCUUAAAGGAGAAUCAAUAUACAUUUAAGUUUGUUUUUCCUGUGAACACCUCACAAAAGGCAUUAUUUGACCGUGUCUCAUUGCCUCUCAUUGAUGACUUGUUGCAUGGAAGAAAUGGAUUGCUCUUCAUGUAUGGAAUUACUGGAUCGGGAAAGACACACACAAUGCAAGGAACACCAGGAGAUGGUGGGAUCCUGCCAAGGGCCCUGGAUGUGCUAUUCAACAGCAUUGGAGAGCUUCAAGCUAAGAAAUAUGUUUUCCACCCGGAUCUAUGUAAUUGUAUGGAUGUUCAAACAGAGGCAGAUGCCAUGAUGGAGCGACAGAAACGUGAGCUAAUGGCACCGCUGAAGACGCCUUCUACACCAGCAACACCCAGGAGCAGUAGGAAAAAUGACCUAGCAAACAUGGUACGAGUGCCAGACACAACAAGUAUCAGCAACGUUGAUGAGGACAACAACUAUGCAGUGUUUGUUUCCUACAUUGAAAUCUACAACAAUUACAUAUAUGACUUGCUGGAGGAGGCUCCUGUAGAUCCUAUCAUGACACCAAAGAGUUCGCAUGGACUGGGAGCCAAUGCCAUAUCGUUGCCGUCUAAGACACUUCGUGAAGAUGCUAGCCACAACAUGUAUGUUGCUGGCUGUACGGAGGUUGAGGUGAAAAGCACAGAUGAAGCGUAUGCCGUCUUCAUGAAAGGACAGAAGAGGAGACGAGUAGCUCACACACAACUCAACACGGAGUCUAGCCGAUCUCACAGCGUGUUCAACAUCAGGUUGGUUCAGGCACCCUUGGACCCUUUGGGAGAGGAGGUCUUGCAGGACAAGAACCAAAUCUGUAUCAGCCAGUUAUCAUUGGUCGAUUUAGCCGGUAGCGAACGAACAAAUCGUACAAAGAAUUCCGGGGAUAGGUUGCGAGAGGCUGGUAACAUCAAUGCAUCAUUGAUGACUUUAAGGACUUGUAUAGACAUGCUUCGUGACAAUCAGAAAAAUGGAACUAGCAAGAUUGUACCAUACAGAGACUCAAAGGUCACUCACCUGUUUAAGAAUUAUUUUGACGGGGAAGGUAAAGUGCGGAUGAUCGUCUGCGUCAAUCCACAGUCUUCAGACUAUGAUGAGACCAUACAUGUGAUGCGAUUCUCUGAAGCUACGCAAGAGGUCCAAAUAACUAGGGCGACAGAUAUCAAGUUUGAUAUUGGCUUAACUCCUGGACGAAGAAGAGCUCAUCAGAUCUACAGGAAGAUGGUUGAAGAGGGCUUAAAUGAGGACGAUGUGCCUGUCCCACCUCCCAUGAUAACCCUUGGGCCACCCUUCCCAUUCUUUGAGAUUAAUGAUCCAGAAGACACAUCUAUUCAGAAUUUGAUUGGGUUCCUUGUGGAGCGAGAGAAACGUAGAAACACACUUAAUAAGGAACUAAAAAGACUAAUGGGUUCCUUUCGAACUCAGGUUUUGGAUUUGGAGAAUGAGGUUCAAACAUUACGACAACAGAACUCACAGCUUCAAAGCCAAGCAGAUUCCCAAAGCAAAGAAAUCAACAGAUACCAAGCUAAACUCAAAGAGAAAGAGGCACAAAAUGGUAUGCUUCACCGCACACACCAGCUGUACGAAGAGGACAGAAGAGGUCUACAAACAGAAGGGAGGCAGCUUCAAACAAAGCAAGGGAGAGGAAGGCUGCUCUUGCGCACAACAGAUCAAAAUCUCCCCCACCUAAGCGCAAUCCACCCCCAGUCAAACUCAGGCACAGACGUUCACGUUCUGCAACUGACAAUGUGUGGAUCGAUCACAAACCAUCAUCUACAAUUGGAAUAGAAACUGUUAUGCAACCUUCUGGGGUCAAGAAGAAAAAGACGAUCACAAAUGUAAAAGCUGUGAAAGAUGUGAAGGCAGCGUCCAACUACAUGUUGACCCAUCAGGAGGAGGACUCCAAGGGAGAGAUCGAAACUAAGAUAUUCAAGGGUGACAUUUUUGAGACGAGGGGUGGUGGAAGAUCUGUGCAAUUCACCGACGUUGAGAAGCUACGUCAAGAGUUACCAGGCAGUACCGAACGCAAGAGCGUAGAGCGUAAACGCCGUGCAUCUGAUGAAGAGAACAGUGGCGAAUGGACAGAUGUUGAAACAAGGUGUGCUGUUGGAAUCCAUGGAACACCAGGGGCAACUAGUCCAGCGCUCACACACAUUGUACCACAAAAGAAGUUCAAGGUCUAGUGAUGUAUUAUGAGGAUAUAAAUUAAACUGUUUGCAAGCUAUACAGCCGCUGUAUGUGAUGUUGCCCAACGCACAUACAAUACAUCAAACUUUACAUCUUUAAUUAAAGUGUUUCAGUAGUCAGAUAUAUCUUAAAUAAACAACUUUUUCAAGAUGUUUUGCUAAAAUGUGAAGUAUUGCAACAAAUAUUUUUUUUCUCAUGAUAGGCCUAAUAGAUUUAAAUUAGGGUAUUUUGUUAUUUUAGUUAAUUUUUAUAAAUUUUAUUAAUAAAAACAUUUUGUUUACUUGAUUAAAGGAUUUACAGGAUUUGAAUUAUUUUUUUAUUAUCAGUAUUGUUAUUAUUUUAGACUUUCUUCUAGAAAAAUAAAUUACUUGUAGUUGAAAAUAUUUAAGAUUAUCGAUUGAUUUAACACAUUUUAUGUUGUUCGUUAUUGUUACAGAUUAAGUUAUCCUGUAUAGAUGUUUGUUGCUUAUGGUUGUAACCAUAACAACUUUCAUAACAAAUUUGAAUAUUAUUAAUAACUAAUUACUAAGUGUGCAUAAUUAUUAUAUCAGUUUAUGAAAUUUUAUAAAUACUUGGUAUGGGUUUAUCAGUUAUUAUAUCAACACUAUCAUUUUGGACAGUAUAUACUGCACAAUAAUUAGUUCUGGUACUAGAUGCAACGUGACUAUUGUUAUUAUAACAACAAUGCAUUGUGACCUAGUUAAUCAUGAACAUAGAUAAAUAAAUGUCAUAUUGUAUAAUGAAAGUGGGUGAGCCAAAAUCUGUUAACUAAUCGCAGUAGUCAUUACUAUUUCAUUAAUUUUACAAAUACUAUUUGUUUAAUUUGCAAUGUUUAUGUUUAAUUAUUAGUAGUUAACUGUACUUUUUAUAUGUUUAUAUCACUUUGCUAGUGAUACUGAAGGAUCAGCCUUAGCAGACACUAUUGGUGAGUGAGUGAGCAGUGAGUUCCUUGGUGUGUAGUACACAUCUCUAGUUUGCUUACUCUGUCAAGCUGUCUAUUCUCAAUAUAACAGUUAAUGUAAAUAUGAAAUUGCAACCAUACUUUGAUAUUGCAUGCGUAUUAUAUCUUUUCAUUUCGUUUUUUUUCCACAGACUGUAAUGUAGUUUUGUAUAAAAUGUAGAGCACUUUCUGUAUAUGCCCCAGCAUUAUCAUUGUAUAUUAAACAACAAAUUCAUUAAAGUGGAUGUUUUAUGACA